CGGCAAUUUCCGUCGGGCCCUGGCCGCCAUUUUCUCUCCGCUUGUGUGUCUCGCCGGCUGCGUGGCUCGGUUCUUGUGAGCGAAGCUUUGUCCGGUUCGGCAAUGGACGGAAUUGUCACUGAAGUUGCAGUUGGCGUGAAGAGAGGAUCUGACGAACUACUCUCAGGCAGUGUUCUCAGUAGUCCAAACUCUAACAUGAGCAGCAUGGUGGUUACAGCCAAUGGUAAUGAUAGUAAAAAAUUUAAAGGAGAAGAUAAAAUGGAUGGUGCUCCUUCUCGUGUACUUCAUAUUCGAAAAUUACCGGGUGAAGUGACAGAAACUGAAGUUAUUGCUUUAGGCUUACCUUUUGGUAAGGUGACCAACAUCCUUAUGCUGAAAGGAAAAAAUCAGGCAUUUUUGGAACUAGCAACAGAGGAAGCAGCUAUUACUAUGGUUAAUUACUAUUCUGCUGUGACACCUCACCUUCGUAACCAACCAAUUUAUAUUCAGUACUCCAAUCACAAAGAACUAAAAACAGAUAAUACAUUGAACCAACGUGCUCAAGCAGUUCUUCAAGCUGUGACAGCUGUCCAGACAGCAAAUACUCCUCUUAGUGGCACCACAGUUAGUGAGAGUGCAGUGACUCCAGCCCAGAGUCCAGUGCUUAGAAUAAUUAUUGACAAUAUGUAUUACCCUGUAACACUUGAUGUUCUUCACCAAAUAUUUUCUAAGUUUGGUGCUGUAUUGAAGAUAAUCACAUUUACAAAAAAUAACCAGUUUCAAGCUCUUCUCCAGUAUGGCGAUCCAGUAAAUGCUCAGCAAGCAAAACUAGCCCUAGAUGGUCAGAAUAUUUAUAAUGCUUGCUGUACCCUAAGGAUUGAUUUUUCCAAACUUGUGAAUUUGAAUGUAAAAUACAACAAUGAUAAAAGUAGGGAUUAUACUCGACCUGAUCUUCCAUCUGGGGAUGGACAACCUGCAUUGGACCCAGCUAUUGCUGCAGCAUUUGCCAAGGAGACAUCUCUCUUAGGGCUUCCUGUUGCAGCUGUUCCAGGAGCUCUGAGUCCUUUGGCUAUUCCAAACGCUGCUGCAGCAGCUGCUGCAGCUGCUGCUGGCCGAGUGGGUAUGCCUGGAGUCUCAGCUGGUGGCAAUACAGUCCUGUUGGUUAGCAAUUUAAAUGAAGAGAUGGUUACGCCCCAAAGUCUGUUUACCCUCUUCGGUGUUUAUGGAGAUGUGCAGCGUGUGAAGAUUUUGUACAAUAAGAAAGACAGUGCUCUAAUACAGAUGGCUGAUGGAAACCAAUCACAACUGGCCAUGAAUCAUCUUAAUGGACAGAAGAUGUAUGGAAAAAUUAUUCGUGUUACUCUGUCUAAGCAUCAGACUGUACAACUACCUCGAGAGGGACUUGAUGAUCAAGGGCUAACAAAAGAUUUUGGUAAUUCCCCACUGCAUCGUUUUAAGAAACCUGGAUCCAAAAAUUUUCAGAACAUUUUUCCUCCUUCUGCAACCCUUCACCUAUCCAAUAUCCCUCCUUCAGUAGCAGAAGAGGAUCUACGAACACUGUUUGCUAACACUGGGGGCACUGUGAAAGCAUUUAAGUUUUUUCAAAGAGAUCACAAAAUGGCUCUUCUUCAGAUGGCAACCGUGGAAGAAGCUAUUCAGGCCUUGAUUGAUCUUCAUAAUUAUAACCUUGGUGAAAACCAUCAUCUGAGAGUGUCUUUCUCCAAGUCAACAAUUUAAAAAAGGGGAGAUGAAGAUUGGCGGUGAAUCACAUUGUUUGGUGUCAACACCUAUUGACUGUUCAGAAAAGUGGGGACCAGAGUUUGAUUUUUUUUGUUUUCUUUCCUUUUUUUUCUUCUUUUUUCCCAUGCUGUUAUCAUUCCUUGGUUAUAAAAUGAAAUGGCAUAUGUAAAGGCAGAGUUAUUAACUGCUCUCUUUCAUCUGUUCUGUAGAGAAGCCAUUUUUAUUGUCUGUUUAAAAUUUUAAUUUUACUUUCCUUUUUCAACUUAGUUGACAUACGUGCCUUAAAAAGGAAAACUAGUGUUGCUAUUGUGCAUUUACUAGAAGAAAGGAAUUGGUUGUCUAGGGCACAUUGUUAAAUGGGAAUUAACAAUAUGUUUAGGCAGGGGUGUGUAAAAAGGUUAAGUUUUUGUUUCUCCUGCUUGGAACUUAUUUUGAAUUAUUGGCUUGUCACAUUUCUUUAUAUUUAAUCAAAUAAGAUACAUGAUACUGAAAGAAUAAAGCAGCAUUUUUUUAGUUUUUACUACCUUAGGCUUUAUUGCUUUGAAAAAAACAUUGGCCUUUUGUAUCUCACAAUUCUGGUCUAGAUUCAGUUAUGAAUGUAGGCAUUAGUUAAAAUUAACAAGAUGCAGAGUAUUAAUUUCUUAAGACAACAAAGUGAUUUCUGUAAGUUUGAGCCCUAUGUGGAAAGCAUUGUGGAAUCUUAACCUUUUUGUACACACUCUUGUGGGACGUAUCAUAUAAAUGUCAGCACUAAGUAACGUCUUGUUUGUGGCUGAAUAUUUUUCGUAGAUGUUUUUGAAGUUGACAUGAUUUAUGUGCAUUUAAAUAUAUAUUGCCAUCCUUAGUUUGUAAUUAAGAUUUGGAAUACGGUUGUGGAUUUCUGAGCAUGUGCAGACUGGUCUAGCUAGUUCAGGAACUGGUGCAUGUAUUUUUCAAAGAUAAAAGAAAGUGUACUGCGAAAAUUUGCAGGAAGAUUAAUUUUGUGGCAGUUUUCUAAAACUGACAACCAGGUGGGACCAAAGUUUAUGUGCCUUUAGUCUUAAUUUACCUUGCAUUGUAAUAUUCAGUUUUAAUAAAUCUUCAAAAUAUUUUGUAUUUAGGAAUAGAUCUGACUUUGACUUUAAUAAAAACAUGGCUCAGAAUCUACAGGUCAAAUUAAUUUGAACAGUUCUUGUCAAUCUGAAUUGUUGAUUCUGUUUAAAUGACCAAUACUUUUUCAAAUUGAUGUACUUAGUUUCAAGGUUCAUAGAUUCUGUUAUCUAUGUAGACAGAAUGGUCAUGUAUAUUUUCUAUUAGUUGAGUUUUUACAUCUUUAGAAAUGUACAAUUCAGUAUAGUUUGAAAGCGGCACAAUUAAAAAUUAAUUUUCUAACAAAGUUGGGAGGUUUGAUGGUUGUUUAAUUUCCUUUUGUGUGUACUCUGCUUACCUCUGUAGCAUGCUCAAUAAACACUUCUGUAGCUCUGUAUUCACCUUUUCUGUCUUUCUCUGCUGCCUUUUCUCUCUCUUCUUUGUUUUCACUCCACUGUGCUUCUGAAUUCAUGUUUAUUCUCUGCCAGGGUGGGAAAGGAAUAAUAAUAUUACAAUUCUAUGGCUUUAUACCAUAAAUAAAUCUAGAUGCUGUGAAAAUAUACCAGCUGGUUUUUUUUUAAUUUGAAAGAUGGUAACUGCUUUUCAGGAGGACACAUAUUAAACAUUUCCCACCC